AAAAAAAAAGUAUUUUUAAAUAUAUUAAAAAUUUUUUUAAAAUAAUUUUUUUUUAAAGCAAGCUUUAAUAUGCAAGUAAAACGAAGUAUAGAACAAGUUGAACCCCAACUCUUGCAGGAAUUAGUAAUUCCAAUAAAGAGACAAAAAUCCAGUUAUGAGUGGGAAGUUUUCUUGGAGUUAUUCCCCUUCAAUUUAUCUGAACCUUAUACAACAGAAACUCCUAUCAUAGCUGAUUAUAAUAAUAUUCAAGAAAUGGACCUCAAUAAAUCAGUCGCUCCACAUAAACUAGAAGUUGAGUCGAUUGAAACACUCGAGUUUUCGGAAGUUGACAAUAGUGAGUAUGAAGCAGACAUUUCUUCUUCUUCCUCAGAUGAAUAUUCUGAUUCUUCUGUUGAAGAUUCAGAUUCUUAUGCUUCAGAAGAAAGCGAAUUUGAAGUAGUUAUCAAAAAGAAGAAAAGAUGCGGCGCUAUGUGGAGUCCGGAAUGUCGUCGUGCAAGACGCUGUAUUUGCGCUGAAAAAAUCGACGACUAUGAUGAUUAUGACGAGUAAUACGUAAGGGCAGUGGGAAAUUGGAGGCUUUGUUUACUAUGUUCGCUGGAUGC